CGGAUACCAACAAUAAGUCAAUCGUGAAUGCCAAGCGACAGUAUAAAACGGUAAACGUCUGGUCUGUGACGUUACAUUUAAAUCGCUGGCUUAAUCAAGUAUAGUAAAAUCAGAAUCAAGAAGAAUUUCACAAUGCUGAAAUCGCUUUUCUCUGUGUUCCUUCUGCAAAGUUUCCUGUUGGAAAUUAGUGCCUUUUCGUUAUCCAGCAUGAAACAGGAAAGUUUUACUUGUCCGACAUCAGAUGGGUUCUAUGCUAUCGAAGGCCAAUGCACAGCGGAUUACUACGCAUGUGUCGGAGGUGUUGCUUAUCUAAUGACAUGUCCAACUAACACUGUUUUCGAUCCGCUUCUCUCGAAAUGUGUUCCUUACGAAUCAGCCUCCUGUCGCACCGGUGCAACGACUUCUCCAGCGACCACGAUUACAAGCACAUCGCGUACAACAACGACACCUACGGGUCCUACUUUUACUUGCCCGACACUCGAGGGAUUCUACGCCAUUCCCGGUACCUGUGGGCCAGAUUACUAUGUGUGCGUCUCAGGAUCGCCUUAUAUAUCGACUUGUCCCGAGGGCAGCAUUUUCGAUCCAGCUACUCUGGUGUGCACUGCUAUAGAUCAAGCUUCUUGCCAGUCAGAAUUCAAAUGCCCAACUUCAGAUGGCUUUUACCCAGUGCCCGGAACUUGUGGCAAUAGCUACUACUCGUGUGUCGGAGGAACAGCUUAUCUACAGAACUGUCCUGGUACUGCGGUCUUUGAUCCGGCUACCAACAAUUGCGUCAUGGAAGAAAAUGCGUCAUGCAAAAGCACAACUACUACUACGCGAACAACACCUACAACAACGCCCACAACAACGCCGACUACGACCCCCACAACAACACCAACCACAACUACAACAACUACUACAACAACUCCGAAACCUACUACUCCAGCUCCAUUCGUGUGUCCGGGACCUGCAGGACAAUACCCUUAUCCGGAUAGCUGUACUUUAUACUACGUUUGCUCAUCAGAUGGCAAUUACAUUGUAGCAAGUUGCCCAGUAGGUCAAGUAUUUGAUCCGUCAACGCAGUACUGCGAGGACCCCGUAAAUGUUCCAGGGUGCCAAUUUGAUCCCAUUCUGUUUCUUCGGGUAUAAAAUGGAUCUGCGAUUUGUCGGAAUAACUGGCAGUCCAUUGGUGUAAGUCUCAGGAACAAAUACUAUAACAACCGUAUUUCCAAUUACUAUGAUUCCGAUUACAAAAUUCCAAUUUAAACGACCCCAAAAUAGCCGAACUACUUACUAUACAAAUGUGUAACAGUCAGAAUUAAAAUGUUCGAUAAAGGCUCAGUUUUUGCACUGUUUUGCAUCACUUAAUUCAAAUAUAUAGAAUGCAGCAA